AUGUCCACCGCUUCAUCCAUCGCUGUCCCGCCGGCCAAAGCCCUUACCUCGGCUCUGAGAAAUCUCGAGAAAUUCAUCAACAGUCGUCCAGAGACAUGGGGAAAAGAUAAGGCCGACGACAAGAUUUUGUUUGUUACGGCGUCGUACUCUCUCAUUGAUCUCCUCGCCAAAGACCCGAGGUAUGGCCAAUACCGGAAGAAGGAGUACCUGGGCGAUGCUAUUUUUCUCUGGCUCAAGUACCUUGCCAAGCGCGAAGAGUUCAGGACGAAGCCCGAAACUGUCAACCUCACCCGCUUCAAGCACCAGGUGUUCCAAGUCCCGAUGGACGUCCCCCUCCUGUCAGGCAAGCCUUACAACCCCCAUCCCUCUCUCCCCGGACCCAAAGAUCGCUCGCCUAGCGUUGCACUUCCCGAUCCUCCUCCAUCCACUGCCAAGCGCCCUACCCUUCCAGUCCCCAAGCCUCAGCCCACGAAUCGGAGUCGAGUUAACGAUAACGACGAAGGAAUUUCAACGGCCGAGUCUGCGAAGGCAGGUGGACCGAAGAGGACAUCGACGGGUAGGACUGGGAAGGAAAAGCAGGGUUCUCGGGCAGGGAGCGGUGAGGACAGCGCGAUGGAAGUUGACGACAAUGGGACUGCCCCUAAAAGGAAGGGAAAGAAGAGCAAGGCGGACGAUGGCCCGUCUUGGAACUCCAAGGACGACACCGAUGACUCCUACCGCGAAAGCGACGACGACGGCGACGAGACCGACUCGGAUAAACCGAAGGCAAUCAAGAAGGAUGUCGCCAAGAAGAAGCAGACGCCAAAGGUUCAAUCGGUGCCUGUUAAACGCACAAGAGCCGACGACGACGGCAACGCCGGGGCUUCCAAGAGGAGUAAGCCUACCGUCCCCGAUGGCUUUUACGAGGCAUCGAAACCAUGCGACACAUGUCGCGACAAAGGUUUGACUUGCUUCAUAUCGAAGCCAAGGGUGGCUUGCUACAGCUGUAAACCCCCGGGGCAGAAACGCGUAGCGACUUGUAACUUUAGCGCUCGCAGGCGGAAGGCUCAGAACGACGACGGGGUAAAGGAUGAUCGCCCCGCAGAGGACGUCGCAGAGGACUUCUCCACGGUGAAUGACGAUGAUCCCGAAGAGGAAGAGCCGACCUCGGCCUCGGCGAUUAAGACCAAGGUCCCUCGCCACGUUCCUGUCAAUGACGCCCAAGACCAAGCCAAGAACGCACGCCCCUCCCCUCCACCCCGAAACGGUCUCGACAUUGUGGCCGAACAGGCGUGGCUACGGUCUAAGACUCGGCAAGCCAAGGACUCUGCCUCAGCCGUCUCAGGUACCAGCGCCAACCUGAAAAGCGCCAAGUCGGAUUCGAUGAGCAUUGUCAGCACAUCAGCAGACGCCGCGAGUGCUGUCGUCAAUUCCACGAACUCCACUUCCAACGACAAGGGAAGCAGUCUCAGUCGUGUCGCUCCUGCUGCCGCCGUUGAGUUCUCUUCGCCCAGCAUCGAGAGAAUGGUCACUCGCCUUCUCAUGGAGAACGCUCGUCAGCAGGCGUCCAUCAACUACCUCACCGCCACUCUAGAAGUCCUUUUGGAGGACGCCAAGGAAUACGAAGCUAUCCUCGCCACUGCCGCUACACAGGAUGCCAGGAUCAAAGCGUUGGAAGCGCAGGUAGAUUCUGCCGAGAAGGAAAUCCAGCGUAUGCACAAGGAUCGCGAAAACGAUGCCAAGGCUCUGACUGACCAGAACAACAUCAACACCGAGCGCAUUCAAGGCCUUGCAGCGACAGUGGCUGUUGUCAACAACUGGGUGGCUUCCAAGAUCAAGGCUGAGCUUGGCACGGCUUUCACACCUCCAACCGAGACUACUAUCAACGGUAUCGAUAUCCCGAUGCCCCUGGUGACGACUGGUUCAACACCCCCCAACUCUGGAUCGGUCACUUCCAACCCGACAUCGAACGCUGACAGCUCCAAUGGGACUUCGACCAACCCCCCUCCUCUCCCACACCGUGUCAUCGUCGACGAAGACUCUGGUGAUAAAGGGGAAAUGCUGCAGUACAUCAAAUUUCCGGAGGAGGGGCCAUCCAGCGCAGGUGUAGACGCCCAAUCAACCUUCCUCCACCAGAACGGCCUUCAGGAAACAGAGGAGGUCGAACGACUUAUGCGGGAGGGGGUAGGUAGCACUUGA